GUGGUGGUUCGGAUUGAGAGGGCUACGUUCAGCUGGGAUGCAGACCCACAGAAGCCCACGUUGACUGACGUUGACCUGGAGAUUAGGCGGGGAAUGAGAGUGGCCGUCUGUGGGACCGUGGGGGCGGGCAAAUCCUCCCUGCUGUCGUGCAUCCUGGGGGAGGUGCCAAAGCUGCAAGGGAAGGUGUUUGUUGCGGGCCCCACAGCCUACGUCCCCCAGUCCGCGUGGAUCCAGAACGCCACCAUUCGGGACAAUAUUUUGUUCGGCCAACCACUAGACCGCCCGCGCUACCAGGCGACCCUGCAGCAGUGCGCGCUGGUGGCUGAUCUGCGGCUGUUCCCCCGGGGGGACGAGACGCAGAUAGGAGAGCGAGGGGUGAACCUGUCGGGCGGCCAGAAGCAGCGCAUCCAGCUGGCCAGGGCGAUUGCCGUGGACGCCCACACGGGAUCAGAGCUCUUCAUGGAGUUCGUGCUCAAGGGCCUGGCUGGCAGGUCUGUCAUCCUGGUGACGCACCAAGUGGAGUUCCUUCCCGCUGCUGACCUCAUCCUGGUGAUGAAGGAAGGGCGCAUAGUGCAGGCAGGAAGAUACGACCAGCUGCUGGCAGAGGGCACUGACUUCUCUGCCCUGGUGGAAGCACACACGGACGCGCUGGAGAGUGUUGGAACAGCCACUGCCGCUGCUGCUACAACUGCUGCCGCUGCCGUUGCUGCUGCUGCCGAUGCAGCAGCUGCUGCUUCAGCUUCUUCCUCUGCUCCUGCUCCGGCUGCUGCUGCUGCUGCUCCUGCUGCUCCUGCUGCUGCUGCUACUGCUGCUGCUGCUGCUGCUGCUGCUGGUGCCUCACAUGCUGCUUCUGAACUUCCCCCCUCCUCCUCAUCCACUCCUCUCCUCCCCAAGCAACCCACCGAUUCCCUCCCCAGCAGACCUCCCCCCCAUCCACAGCUUCGGAAACCCUCCGACCCGAACCUGCGAAAACGCUCGGCACCGAACCUGCUGCGCAAGGCCUCGCAUGCGCAGCUUCGGAAGGCGUCCGAUCCCAUGCUCCUGCACACAGCAUCCCCAGAGUCCCACCAGAUCCUAGAUAACAUGGACAUAGGGGACUUGGGUGGGAAUUCUGUUGGUGUUUCCGGUGCUGCUGGUGCUGGUGGUGGUGCUUUUGGGGGGCUAUAGGGGAGGAUGGGGAUGGGCAGU